UGAAAGAAUCUGAUCAGGCACAUCCACAAAUUAGGAUUGCUGAUUCAGAGGAAAAUGCCGUUAUGGAGCUUCUGGGCUUCAUGUACCAUGGAAAGUUGACAUCACGUGAGCCCACUCUUCUGCUCGACAUCUUAAUGGCUGCUGACAAGUUUGAGGUUCUUUCUUGCAUGAGGCAUUGCAGUCAGUUGCUCACAAGGCUGCGUAUGACCACUGAAUCUGCACUGCUAUACCUAGAGCACCCAUGCUCUGUUUUAAUGGUUGCUGAAGUUCAGCGUGUGGUAGGUGCAGCCAAAGAAUUCCUUGCCAACAAAUACAAGGAUUGUACUCAUGGCAUGGUUUGUCUCAUUUCAGGUUCGGACAUCGUGAUGAACUUCCCUCUUGCUGGGAUCGAAGCUAUCUUUUCAAGUACUGACAUACAAGUGGAAUCUGAAGAUCAUGUAUAUCAUUUCUUGCUCAAGUGGGCACGUGCACGAUACUUAGAACUGGAGGAAAGACGCGAGAUCUUGAGUUGUCGUUUACUUCCGCUGGUACGUUUCAAUCAUAUGGCAUGUACUACAGUUCAGGAGAUCCUAGCAUGCACUGAUGAUGAUAUUGACCAUGAGAAGGUGUCUAAGCUUAUUACUGAGGCACUUCUACACAAAGCAUACCCAACAGUUAUGGAAGGUGUUCUUUCAGCAAACUUAAUUAGAACCUGUUGGCCAUUUGCAGAGCGAGGUUACAAGACCAAACCUGUGAAAGUUGUUGUGUUUGAUCCAAAUUUCCUUAAGGCCAUAGUUUACUUGGGCUUAACGCGCGAGGAAUGUUCUAGACUCUUCCCGCUCGGAAAGAUAUGGUCGCAGACAUUCUAUCUUGCAGGGCAAGAAUUCCGUCUCGUGGCGACCUGUAAAAUGGACAAGAUCAGUAACUCUUACAGUUUCGGCCUCUAUGUUGAGCUCCUAUGGAUGCCGGAGCGCUCAAAGUCUGUCAUGUUAGCCUUUGAGUUUGCUGCCAGGAACAAUCAAACAGGGAAAUUUGUCAGGCACCCUAACGACUAUCAUAAAGUGUGCAUCUUCAGGGAAGAUGAUUUGACACUUGGAUGUGACAAUAUCUUUGAGAUGCCAUGGUCCACUUUCAUUGCUGAUGACAGCCUCUUCAUCAAUGACGUGCUGCAUCUGAGAGCUGAUCUGACUGUGGCGGAGAUUUACUUAUGACAUGACAUGGUAUCUCAGCAGAGUUAGGUCGUGCUGUGCAGCAUCAGUCUCUUGCUGGUUGGCUGGGCAUAUGGUAACUGCGGGAAGUUUCAUUUUCUGCUCUUCUUUCUCUGCCUGCCGCGUGCCGCCUAAUUUCUUUUACUUCUGCAUCUGUUGGAAACACUUUGGCAACUGAAUGAUGUAAGGAAUUGGUGGAGGCUUUUGCUUAAGAUUAAAGCUAGACUAGGAAGCACAAAGGCGCGCGGCACGCCGCGCCCUUUGCUGUACGUUUUGGCGUUUAUGGUCUGUUAGUUUACUUGGUUUGGGGUUUUGGCAGUUUAUAG